AUGCCGUUCAAGCGUUACGUCGGGAGGGUCGCCCUUGUGCACUACGGCCAGGACUAUGGGAGGCUCGUCGUCAUCGUCGACGUUCUCGACCAGAACAGAGCUCUUGUUGAUGCCCCUGACAUGGUGAGAUGUCAAAUGAACUUUAAGAGGCUCUCUCUCACAGACAUCACAAUUGACAUCAAAAGGGUCCCAACGAAGAAGACACUAGUUGCAGCGAUGGAGGCUGCAGAUGUUAAGAACAAGUGGGAAAAUAGCUCCUGGGGCAGAAAGCUGAUUGUGCAACAGAGAGGCGCUGCUCUUAAUGAUUUUGAUAGGUUCAAGCUCAUGUUAGCAAAAAUCAAGAGGGGUGGUCUGAUCAGACAAGAGCUUGCAAAGCUGACAAAAGCAGAACGCAGCCUAAAAGCAUACUCCAUUUCUAUGGAAUCCCCAAUUUUGUUAUGAAUUUUCCACUCUACACUCAAAUACUUUCCCACCACCCCACACCAGCACUCACUUCCCUCUUUUAUUUCUUUAUUUAACACACUUUUCCAUACUUUCCCAUCCACCCACACCAGCACUCACUUCCCUCUUUUAUUUCUUUAUUUAACACACUUUUCCAUACUUUCCCAUCCACCCACACCAGCACUCACUUCCCUCUUUUAUUUCUUUAUUUAACACACUUUUCCAUACUUUCCCAUCCACCCACACCAGCACUCACUUCCCUCUUUUAUUUCUUUAUUUAACACACUUUUCCAUACUUUCCCAUCCACCCACACCAGCACUCACUUCCCUCUUUUAUUUCUUUAUUUAACACACUUUUCCAUACUUUCCCAUCCACCCACACCAGCACUCACUUCCCUCUUUUAUUUCUUUAUUUAACACACUUUUCCAUACUUUCCCAUCCACCCACACCAGCACUCACUUCCCUCUUUUAUUUCUUUAUUUAACACACUUUUCCAUACUUUCCCAUCCACCCACACCAGCACUCACUUCCCUCUUUUAUUUCUUUAUUUAACACACUUUUCCAUACUUUCCCAUCCACCCACACCAGCACUCACUUCCCUCUUUUAUUUCUUUAUUUAACACACUUUUCCAUACUUUCCCAUCCACCCACACCAGCACUCACUUCCCUCUUUUAUUUCUUUAUUUAACACACUUUUCCAUACUUUCCCAUCCACCCACACCAGCACUCACUUCCCUCUUUUAUUUCUUUAUUUAACACACUUUUCCAUACUUUCCCAUCCACCCACACCAGCACUCACUUCCCUCUUUUAUUUCUUUAUUUAACACACUUUUCCAUACUUUCCCAUCCACCCACACCAGCACUCACUUCCCUCUUUUAUUUCUUUAUUUAACACACUUUUCCAUACUUUCCCAUCCACCCACACCAGCACUCACUUCCCUCUUUUAUUUCUUUAUUUAAACCACUUUUCCAUACUUUCCCACCCACCCACACCAGCACUCCCUUCCCUCUUUUCUUUCUUUAUUUACAACCCUUUUCCACGGCAAGUGCGCCAGCCCUUUUCACAUCAUUUUUCAUUACUUUUUUUAUUAUAAGACCACAUAAAAAAUAAAUAAAUAAAUAAAUAAAA